AUGAGAGCAACGUCGGCUUGCGUCAACGUGGGUGUGGAGUCGCGGCCACUACCAAGUGGGGCCGUUGAUCCACCAUCGCUCGCCUUGGAGCACAUCCUGGCGUCGCUCGCGCAUCAACCGCAGCGACCGGAGGCGGACCCGCCUUACCCGGAGUGGCAGCGAGGGAGAGAUGACGGGGGGCGGUACCGCUCCGUGGCCAUGGCAGCGACGGGAGUCGCGACUCACCCUAAUCUAGGGUUUGGCGGCGGCUUGCACUUACGAGGGGCGCCAACGGCGAACCCUACGGGAGCGUCUCCAUGGGACAUGUCCGGUGGAGUGAGGGUGCGUGGCAACCGACCAACGGCUUGGGAUAAUCCGUUGCACCGAUCGGAGCCCCGUUUUAACCAACAUCCGACGGCUUGGGAUGGUGCAUGGGGGCGUACGGAUGGCGUGGGAGCCUCGGAUUCGAAUCGCUGGGAUCAAGGGCGUGGGGAUCAGCCCCGAUACGAGAAGAUGAAAGCUCCCCGAUUUGACGGCUCUGACGCGGCGAAUUGGAUAUCGAGAGUGCAAUAUUAUUUUGAGCAUAUGGGUACGCCGGAAGAAUGGAGGCUGCAUUAUGUGGUGAUGAUGUUUGAAGGGCAGGCAUUGGAGUGGAUUUUUAAUUACUGCGAGAAUAAUCCGGAUGCGAACUGGUGGGAUUUUCUGGCGGAUGUGCGCAGGCGAUUUGAUCCGCAAUGUUUUCAGAACUUCAUCGGGUUAAUUGCGAAGUUGUGCCAGACAGGAUCUUUGGGGGAGUAUAACGCGUCUUUUGAGAUGAUGCUAAACCGUGUCAGGGGCGUCCCGGAGUAUAUUUUAUUGCCAAUUUACAUUGAGGGUUUGUCUCAGCCGGUUAAGAACCAGGUGCGUCACCAGUACCCGGCAUCUGUGGCCGUGGCUAUGGCGCUAGCGGUGGAUUUCGAUAGUUGUUUGGAGAAGCCCCAGAUACCCCCAGGAUUUCAGUGCCGUGGGGGACCGCGCUUUGAGCAGAAACAGCCUGUUCAGCCACUGCAUAUUAAUAGGCCCCCGCAGCAGAAAUUCCCCGAGUUUGCGGAGCUGCCCGUGAUUCGAUUGACUGCUGCGGAGAAGGUGGAGCGUUCACGCUUGGGGCUGUGUUGGUUUUGUCCAGAGAAGUGGGUUCCGGGGCAUAACUGCCGCGGGAAGUUCUUGGUCUACAUGGGCGUGGACGACGACUCUGAGGAUGAGGUGCAGGAGGAUGAGAAGACUACUCCGGGAAAUCAAAUGGUGACCGCGGAUCUUUCUCACAUCUUUGCGAUGGAGGGGAGACAAAAAGAGGACGACAUAGAAUUGGCGGGUAGAAUUGGAUCCGCGGAGGUACGGAUCUUGGUCGACACAGGUAGUUCGCAUGACUUCCUCCAUCCCAGCGUGGCGGAGAAGCUGGCGCAGCCCCUUCAACGGGUCCGGCCGUUUAGAGUUUAUGUGGGGAACGGCCAGUCAUUACUCUGUUCUUGGACGACCAAACAGACGAGGAUAGUGGUUCAGAACCACGUCUUUAUGGUGGAUUUACACAUCCUGCCGAUCCACGGACCGGACGUGAUCUUGGGAAGGAUGUGGCUUAAGUCCCUCCGCCGGGUGACGAAUGACUUUGAGACGGGCACGUUGGAGUUUGUGCGCAACGGGGAACACAUUAUUCUGAAGUUGGUGCCGCCACCGACCAGUGUGGUAUCCGUGCGUCAGUUUGCGUUGUUGUUCACUCUUAACGGCGAGUCAGAGCUCUAUGAGCUCGUCCAGUUACCGCAACGGGAGGCGUUACAGGAGCAGCCGGCGAUUUCUUUUCCAACCGAAUUGCCGGAGGAGAUCGUGGCAGUACUGAGAGCGCAUAAUGGGGUGUUUGGCAUGCCGACAGGAAUUCCUCCCCGCCGGCCGUUUGAUCACAGGAUCCAUCUGCUUCCGGACUCGAAACCAGUUAACGUGCUGCCUUACAGAUACCCCUACUUCCAGAAGACGAAAAUAGAGAGACAAGUGAAGGAGAUGUUGGACUUAGGCAUAAUUCGCCCCAGCCAGAGCCCUUUCUCGUCGCCGGUAUUACUGAUCCGGAAGAAGGACGGCUCGUUCCGCUUUUGUAUUGAUUACCGGGCAUUAAACGCGGCAACGGUUCCCGACCAAUUUCCAAUCCCGACGACUGAUGAAUUAUUUGAUGAGUUGGGGUCGGCAAGGUUCUUUUCCAAGUUGGAUCUGCGUUCCGGUUAUCACCAGAUCAGGAUGUGUGACGAGGACAUAUAUAAGACCGCUUUUCGCACGCAUGAUGGGCACUUUGAGUUCCUGGUUAUGCCAUUCGGGCUAACAAACGCGCCGUCUACCUUCCAGUCGGCCAUGAAUACUUUGUUUAGGCCGCUCUUGCGCAAGUUCGUGAUCGUGUUCUUCGACGACAUCCUCAUCUACAGUCCCACGCUGCCGGCACAUGUUCGCCAUCUGAAUGAAAACGGUAGAGUAUCUGGGCCAUGUGAUUUCGGAGGGGCACUUAAAGGCGGACCGCAUUAUGCUUCAAUUGCGGGUCCUCUGACGGAGUUAUUAAAGAAGGACUCGUUUGGAUGGUCGGCGGAAGCGGAGAUGAGCUUCACAGCAUUGAAGGACGCUAUGUCAACGGCUCCGGUCCUUCGAUUACCCGAUUUCACCCGGACUUUCUACUUGGAGACUGAUGCGUCCGAUUUUGGGGUCGGGGCGGUGCUACUUCAGGAUGGCCAUCCCCUGGCGGUUGAUCGGUUGACGAAGUACGCGCCCUUCGCGCCAUUACCAAGGAACUACAAUGCCCUGAAGGUGGCCGCUGUGUUCAUCGAGACGGUGGUAAAACAUCAUGGGUUCCCGAAGACAUUGGUGUCGGACAGAGACCCGGUUUUCUUGAAUAACAUUUGGGAAGGAAUGUUGCGUUUGAGUGGGACGAAGCUUAAUUUCUCGACCGCCUAUCACCCGCAGUCGGAUGGGCAGACGGAGGUGCGAAAUAGGGGGUUGGAGCAGUAUUUGAGGGCAUUCGUCGCGGAUAGACCGUCCAAAUGGUCGAAUUUUCUGCCGUGGGCGGAACUUGCAUUGAAUUGCUUCCAUCAUGAAGGGUUGGGGACAUCACCAUUCAAAGCGCUGUACGGGCGCGACCCCCCCACACUCAUCACGGCACAACCGCCGGCGUCAACGCCUCCGGACGUAGCAGAAAUGAUUACUCAACGGGGGAGUUGA